ACCUCACCCUCACUCUUGAGCACAAACAGGUAUAUAUACUUCCCCCUGUGCAUUAUGUUUCUAAACCUGUCCGCUCGAACCUCGUUUGGUACAGCCAUGGAUAGCAACAAAAGCAGUCCAUGGUCGUUCAUCCUCCCAAGUUUCUUGAUUUGCUUAUCUCUCUGCAUCCACCUCUGUCUUGGCACAGACAAGCUCGAUGCAAAUCAGUCUCUAUCUGGUAAUAAAACCUUAACCUCCUCGGGUGGCAACUUCACGCUUGGCUUCUUCACACCAGGGAAGUCGUCUUACUCCUACAUAGGCAUCUGGUACAACAAAGUUAGCGAGCGGACCAUCGUCUGGGUUGCCAACCGAGACAACCCUGUCACUGACAGUUACUCCACUGAACUGAAGGUCUCGGGUGGCAAUCUUGUAAUUGUCAACGACUCUCAAGUCCCCGUUUGGUCCACGAAUCUGCGAACUUCUUCAUCUGGGUCGAGCUCCAUGGUGGCGGUUCUUGAGGACAACGGCAACUUCGCUCUCAAAGACGCGCCGAAUUCUAAUGUGACACUCUGGCAGAGCUUUGAUCACAUGACACACACGUGGCUUCCCGGUGCGAAAUUAGUGAUCACCAAGCGCAAAAACACGGUCUUGACAUCAUGGAAGAACGCCGAGGAUCCUUCAACAGGUUUGUUCUCUCUCCAGCUGCAGCCAUCCAAUGAGUACUUCAUAUGGUGGAACAUGUCGUUUCGUUAUUAUACCACCGGGAAUUGGGAUAGUAAGAAUAAAGUGUAUGAAAACGUGCCUGCGUUGAAAGCGAACAAUAUUCUCGAUUACAUCUUUGUGGACAAUGAAAAUGAGAGCUACUUCACUUAUAGAAGGAAAGAUGGUAGCACUACCCCAUCAAGAUUCGUGAUGGAUCUUUCUGGGCAAGUACAGUUGCUUUCCUGGUUGCCCUCACAGCAGUGGAACAUGUUCUAUUCCCAGCCCCCGAAACAAUGUCAAGUCCGCAAUUUUUGUGGGCCUUUUGGUGUUUGCAGCGAGAGCACGGAUAACUUUUGCAGUUGCUUGCCAGGGUUUAGUAUAACCUCACUAAGAGAUUGGAAUCUGAGUGAUAUGUCUAGUGGUUGUAAGAGGAAUUCCAGAUUGAGUUGUGCUUUGAGCACUUUGGAUGGGGAGAAGGACCAAUUCUUGCUUAGUUCUAACAUGAAAUUGCCGACGGAUUCCCAAUCUUUACCUGUAAGAGACGCCAACGAAUGUCACCUCUCUUGUUUGAACAAUUGCUCUUGCACGGCUUAUGCUUUCAAGGAUAAUGCCUGCUCAAUUUGGUUUGGGCAUCUCUUCAAUGCACAACAGCUCGCACAAGGUGAUUCCACUGGAAGUAGCUUCUAUCUCCGGCUUGCCGCUUCUGAUGUUGAGGAUCCAAGCAAGAAGAGCAAUGUAACUGCGAUAGUUGCAGGGUCUUUUAGCUCUGCAGUGGCAAUAUUGGCCAUUAUCUUGUUUGGCGUCUGGAGAUGGAGGAGAAGGGCAACUGCAACAACAAAGACAGUGGAGGGUUCACUGAUAGCCUUUGCAUACCGGGACUUACAGGUAGCAACAAAGAAUUUCUCAGAGAAGUUGGGUGGGGGUGGGUUCGGUUCAGUUUUCAAAGGAAUAUUACCUGAUUCAAUUCACAUAGCGGUCAAGAAGCUUGAAAGCAUAAGCCAAGGAGAGAAGCAAUUCCGAACAGAAGUAAGCACAAUUGGCACCAUCCAGCAUGUGAAUCUUGCCAGGCUUCGUGGGUUUUGCUCUGAAGGUGACAAAAGGCUUUUGGUCUACGAUUUCAUGCCUAAUGGUUCCUUAGACUAUCAUCUCUUUUAUAGAAAGGACUCGAAGACCCUGGAUUGGAAAAAGAGGUACCAAAUUGCUUUGGGAACGGCUCAAGGUCUGGCUUAUCUCCAUGAGAAGUGUAGAGACUGCAUCAUACAUUGCGACAUCAAGCCAGAGAACAUCCUUCUAGAUGCUGAAUUCUGUCCAACAGUGGCAGAUUUUGGCCUGGCAAAGCUUGUUGGCCGAGAUUUCAGUAGGGUGUUGACAACCAUUAGAGGCACAAGAGGGUAUCUUGCGCCGGAGUGGAUCUCUGGAGUGGCCAUAACAGCAAAAGCUGAUGUUUAUAGCUAUGGAAUGAUGCUCUUUGAAAUUGUAUCAGGACGGAGGAACUCAGAGCCGUUGGAAAAUGGGGCCAUCAAGUUCUUCCCAACAUGGGCUGCUAGGAAGGUAUCUGAAGGAGGUGACCUGCUCGAUCUUUUGGACUCAAACUUGGAGGCAAAUGCCAAUACUGAAGAGCUAACUAGGAUUUGCAGAGUUGCUUGCUGGUGUGUCCAAGAUGCAGAAUCUCACAGGCCAUCGAUGGGGCAGGUUGUUCCAAUACUUGAGGGGGUUUUGGAUGUGAACCUGCCCCAGAUACCGAGAGCCCUUCAAAUGAUUCAUGAUAAUCAGGAGCAUGUAGUUUUCUUCACUAAGUCGUCAUCAUCUAACCAGAGUUCCCAGAUGGAGAGAAACACAUUAACUGCUUCCAUGCAAAACCAAAAUAGUACACCUUCAACAAAUUCCAAGUCUUGAGGAUGGUAAGAUAAAUGCCUCUGUACAAGUAGUGCUUCACUUAGAUACUGCAUAUUAUUCUCUUCUGCUUUUUCUUUAGUCAAGAAAGAGUCAGCAUUUGGGGAUUGGCUUUCUUGGGGCUUUUUCCCCUAGCUAUUUUUGUUAUAUGGAUAAAAGAAGGCUUGGACAAGUGCCAGGCCAACCCAUUCGUAAAGACCCUUCAUUCUAUAUAAUGAUCUAGUCUGCUUUAUGAGAUCCAAUGUGACAUUAGUAAUUAUUAUCAAAAACUGUCAUCUCCACUUUCUUAUAAUUUUUGCACUGGAAUUGGGUUCUACGUCUUCAAACAUGGGCUUUCUAAAUGGGAUCCACGUCUUCAACAUGGGCUUCCUCAAUGUGAGUGCAGAAAACCUUUUAUCUGCUUUUAACAGAUUUUAGUCAACACUCACCAGGUUUUUGAUCCACCACACUCAGAGAAUUAAGCUUCAGCCUUAGGUUAGAACCCAUGAUGAAAAACUGAUGUAUGCCUCAUUGCUUGGAUGUACUUUUCUAGUGCAGAAUUUGCAACUGGAUUCCAGGUGAAAUGUUCUGAUGUCUGGUCCUCGUUCAGUUUAGUAUCAUUUUGACCGUGUUAUUCUCCAUCAAAAGGAAUCACUUAGUUUGAUUUUGACGAGUGCAUCACAGGCUAACUGAAUGCAGCAUUCUUGUUCGUGGUUUGUUUCAUGUAGGCCCUCCCAUUCCCAGUUGAUGUACCAUGAUUUCCCCAACUUAAUCCUAGCUUACUCUCACAUUCUUCUUCCACAGUAUUACUUCACGCUAUGGUUAAUAACA